GAUCUGGUCGCGUGGGACGCUGGGCUGGGUCUCGCUGAUGGAGGGUUCGUCUGGACCUGAUUCGUGUUAGAGGCAGUACGGAGGGAGCGCCGCAUUGUCGGAGGGUCCGCGCCGAAUGAGCGCCGCAUUGUCGGAGGGUCAGGGCUGUGGGUCCGGGCACUGUCGGAGGGUCAGCGCGGAGGGAGCAAGCGCACACGGAGGGAUACAGCAAGGUAUUGGAGAAACUGUAGCAGUUUUCUCCUCCAAGAUGUCCAGAGUUUGGUUCUCUUUGUGUUUUCUGCCUUUCUGGACAAUCCUUCCAGUCUCAGGUGAGGAAUUGUCGUGGAAAUGGACUUUCUUUAAAAUCCAACUCCGUAUUUCCAGUGCCCUAAAUGACAGCCUUGUUCUCCUAGGUUUGCAGCUGACUUUUGAGGUGAAGAAGAUAUACCAGCAGAUGAAAGGCUUUGGAGGUGCAAUCACUGAUGCUGCAGCAAUCAACAUUCUCUCGCUUUCUGCUGGGUCCCAGGAAAAUCUUCUCCGAUCCUACUUUUCCGAAGAAGGAAUUGAGUACAAUAUUAUCCGUGUGCCAAUGGCUAGCUGUGAUUUUUCGACACGUGUGUACACUUAUGAUGACCAUCCUGGAGACCUGGAUCUGCAAUACUUCAGUUUGACAGAGGAAGACACCAAAAUGAAGAUUCCAAUUAUUAAAGUGGCUAAAGCACUUUCCAAACGCCCCGUGUCUUUGUUUGCCAGCCCAUGGACUGCUCCACCCUGGAUGAAAAUGAGCAAUUCAACAAUUGGGAAGGGAACUUUGAAGGGCCAGCCUGGAGGAGUAUACUACAAGUCAUGGGCAAAGUAUUUCAUCAGGUUUCUGGAUGAAUAUGCAAAGCACAACCUCACGUUUUGGGCACUGACAGCACAAAAUGAGCCCACCACAGGGAUGCUAACUGAUUACAGCUUCCAGUGCAUGGGGUUCACAGCAGAGAUGCAGCGAGAUUUCAUUGUGCUUGAUCUUGGGCCUGCAUUACGAAACAGUUCUCACAAGGACAUGCAGCUUAUGAUCCUCGAUGAUCAAAGACUCUUGUUGCCCUAUUGGGCAAAGGUGGUCCUAAGUGAUGUGCAUGUUGCUGAGUACGUGCAUGGCAUCGCAGUGCACUGGUACCUCGAUUUGCUCACUCCAGCUGAUAAAACUCUGGGCACCACACAUGAUCUUUUCCCAGAAUAUUACCUGUUUUCCACAGAGGCCUGCACUGGAUACUUGCCAUGGGAACACACAGUACAACUGGGAAGUUGGGAACGAGGUGCCAUGUACAGCCAUGACAUCAUUCAGGUGCUAGCGACCUCCUUUUCACCUUGGAUGUGCAAUCACUUUACACGUACGUCGUCCAUUAGAGUGGUCUCCGGGCUCUUCGCUUCUCCUUGAAAAGCAGGCCUAAACUGUCCCCAUCCACCACCAUCCUCUGCCACCUGACUGAGCUUGUCUUCACUUUGAACAACAACUCCUUUAACUCCUCUUACUUUCUUCAGGUCAAAGCUUUGGCCAUGGGUACCUGCAUGGGCCCCAGUUAUAUGUGUCUCACUAUGAGGUAUGUUGAGCAUUCCUUGUUUCAGUCGUACUUGAGCCUCACUCUCAACUCUUUCUCUGUAUACUGAUGACAUAAUUGCGGCUUCUCUGUUUUGUCUAGAAUUGGAAAAGUUUAUCAAUUUCACUUCCAAUUUCCACCACGCUGUCAUCUUCACCUGGUCCGUCUCUGACUCUUCCUCUCCCUUCCUUGACAUCCGUGCUUCCAUUUCUGGGGAUAGGCAGCUGCCAUUCCCACUACAAAUGCCUGAUUCCCACAGUUAGUUUGACUGUACAUCCUCAUACUCUGCUUCCUGUAAAGACACUAUUCCAUUCUCUAGUUUCUCCAUCUUUGUUGGAUUUGUUCCGAUGAUGCCAGCUUCUAAUGCAUUACUAAUCAGGGACAAUGUUACAUCUGCGCUCAGGUGGGACAUGCAGGAGGGCUCAUCCACUGAGGCAAUUUGGGU